AAUCUCUACUUCCUGGAUACGCGUUCAGAAAAACAGCCAGGUUGUUAUUAACGUCUAAUACCGAGUUUCUAUCAACCUGUGGCUCGUACACGUACGAAAAAACGCAACUUUUGCAGCGAUAAGCGGACGUUUAUUGUCCCGGACUUACCGAUGAUAACGUAAAGAGGGACAGCGAGGCGGAGGGCGCAGAGAGAGAAAGAGCGCCACGUCAUUGAUCGGCGGAGGAAAACACACCCGGAGUUUAGUCCGCAGCGGACCAGAGAUUAGACGGUGACACGCAGCCUUCAAUGUGCCGCUGUCUCCGUGUGGUUUGACAUUUUCUUACCGGAAAGGGACGACGCGUCGCUCAGGAGGUCAAAAUGACGGCGUCCAACUGGGGCCUAAUCAUGAAUGUGGUGAACAGCAUCGUGGGCGUCAGUGUGCUCACUAUGCCCUUCUGCUUCAAACAGUGUGGAAUCGUUCUGGGAACUCUCCUGUUGUUCUUCUGUUCAUGGAUGACCCACAAGUCGUGCAUGUUCCUGGUCCACACAGCCAGCAACACCAAACGAAGGACCUACGCUGGACUGGCCUUCCAUGCCUACGGGAAACCAGGAAAAACACUGGUGGAGACAAGUAUGAUCGGUUUGAUGUUGGGGACCUGCAUUGCCUUCUAUGUUGUCAUCGCUGAUUUGGGCUCAAAUUUCUUCGCUCAGCUGUUGGGUUUACAGGUUACGGGCAGUUUCCGCGUGCUGCUGCUGAUCGCUGUGUCGCUGUUCAUCGUCCUCCCUCUGAGUCUGCAGAGGAACAUGAUGUCCUCCAUCCAGUCCUUCUCAGCGAUGGCCCUCAUGUUCUACACCCUCUUCAUGUUCACGAUGGUGCUGUCCUCGUUCAAACACGGGCUGCUCAGCGGCUGGUGGCUAGGGCAGGUCAAUGUGGUGCGCUGGGAGGGUGUGUUUCGCUGUCUCCCCAUCUGUGGGAUGGCCUUCGCCUGUCAGUCGCAGGUGCUGCCGACCUACGACAGCCUGGACGAGCCGUCAGUCAAACGCAUGAGCACCAUCUUCACCUCGGCCCUCCACGUAGUCACCAUCUUCUACAUCACUGUGGGUUUCUUUGGCUACGUCAGCUUCACAGACACCAUCGCAGGAAAUGUGCUGAUGAACUUUCCAUCCAACCUGGUGACAGAGAUGAUCCGCGUGGGCUUCAUGAUGUCUGUGGCCGUCGGAUUUCCCAUGAUGAUCCUGCCCUGCCGCCAGGCCAUCAACACCAUGCUUUUUGAGCAGCAGCAGAAGGAUGGGACAUUUGCUGCCGGAGGUUACAUGCCUCCUCUGCGCUUCAAGAUGAUCACGCUCUGCAUUGUGUUUGGCACCAUGCUGGGAGGCAUUCUCAUCCCCAACGUGGAAACCAUUCUGGGUCUCACUGGAGCCACCAUGGGCAGCCUCAUCUGCUUCAUAUGUCCCGCUCUCAUCUACAGAAAGAUCCAGAAGAACGGCAUCAUCGCUCAGCUGGUGCUUUGUGUCGGCCUGGGCAUCCUGCUCAUCAGCACCUUCACCACCCUUUCUAUCUCGGCCAGAAGCCCCAGCACCAGAGUCCUGCCGCCUCCACCUCCUCCUGCACCUGACAAGAACGGCCUGCCGCUACCAGACCUCCCUGAACUGCACGACCCUCCAAACAAGAAGCCAGUGGAAAUAGAGAAGCCCAACCAUCCACCUGUGGAGGUGCUACAACCUGCAGGGGGGGACCAGGCUGAGCCCCCGCAGAUUAAAGGACCAGUUGAUGUGCCUGAGAGGAAGAAGGAGGAAGAGGUGCAGCUGGACCGUCCUGAUGCCGGUGUUGCCGUGCCAGAGGGAGAAGCCCAUCGCCAUGAGCCACCCAUCCCUCAUGACGAGGUCAAGGUAGAUACAAGAAAGAACAACAAAGAGCUCGAGGAGGACAACAAACCGGCUCCUCCUGCAGGAGGUGUUGAGGAAGAACCUGUACGAGAUAAAGAGCAAGGUGGAGAACACGCUCCGAAGGUAGACGACAAAAAGGACGAGAAACCUGCAGAGGUUGUUGUGAGGAAAGAGGAUGUGGACUUGGGUGGAGGAGAGGUCUUGUCCAAUGAGGUGCUGGAGAAAAAGCAGGAAAAGGAGGUGGAGAAGCCAAUUCCUGUUAAAGAUCCUCGAAUGGGGAAUGCAGCUGGGGUGGCCAAUCAGGCCGCUGUAGAGCAAGUCAAUAAAGUGGACAAAGCUCCAGAUUCUGCAGGGAAAGGUCCUGAAGGAGAACAUCGUCGCGCUGCAGACGAGGCUCCAGCUGCAGAUAGCAAAGACACAGCAGACGAGAAGAUGGAGGUGAUUAAAAAGCUGGUGGCAGAGGGCCAGCUCGAUCACGCGGUGCUACUGCAGGUGAUCAAGGAGCAACAAGUGCAGCAGAAGAGACUUCUUGACCAGCAGGCCAAACUACUGGCUGUGAUAGAAGAACAACACAAGGAAAUCCACCAGAAGCAACCUGCUGGGGCUGCUGCUGAAGGCGAGGCAGAGAAGGGCAACCAAGAACACUUGGAGGGGAUGGAAGGUGGAGCAGCAAAGCCCAAAGAGUCUGGUAGAGAGGAGGUAGCUGUCGCUCCGCAGGACCAGGAUCAGGCUCCAGGUAAUAAGCCUGAAGUCAAGGUGGCCAACGUAGCUGUUGCAGCAGCUUACAAGGAGGACGACAAUGUUGCACCUGGAGGAGAAUCUCACCAUCAGGGUGAGCUCGGGGCGAGGGGAGUGCCGCUGGGAAAGAAAAGACCUGAAGACCAGCAGCCCGUACUGAAAAAAGAUCAGGUGGCUCAGCUGAAAGACGAGGAAAAAAGCCUUGAUAAAGAAAAAGAGGCGAUUAAAAAUCUUAAGAAUGAAAAGAUAGAGAGAGAAGUUCAGGCGAGAGUGGAAAAAGCACAGCUUGAGAGGGAACUGAAGGAAAAGCUGGCCAAAGAAAAGGAGGAGAAGGACAGAGCAGAGAGAGAGCAGAUCGAGAAAGAAGUGCAAGCGAGGUUAGAAAGAGAACUGGAGAGGGAGAGACAGGAAAAGCUGGCCAAGCAGGAGCUGGAGAAGGAGAUAGCUGAGAAGGAGAGAGAAUCUCUGCCGAGGGCAGAACAACAGCUACUGGACCAGGAGAGAAGAGAGCAGCUGAUCAGAGAACAGCAGCUGAUCAGAGAACAGCGGCUGAUCAGAGAACAGCAGCUAGAGAAGGAAAGAGCAGCACAGGAGAAGCUUGCACAGGAGAAAGCUGCACAAGAGAAAGUCCAGCAGGAGCUGCACAAAGCAGACAAUGAAAUACUUGAGAGAGCAAUGAAAGAGAAGCAGGAGGAGGAGACUCAGGAGAGGCAGGCCCAGCUGGAGCAAGCCAUAGAAGCCAAGAAUGCUGUGCAGGGGGGUGAGAGAGAAGAUGGUGAUGCUUUGAAGAAAGGAGGACGAGACCUCAAAGAGAACGCUGCUGCUGAGGAAGACCCCAGAGAAGGUGGGGAAGACGGGGCUGUCAGAGAUGAGGCUCGCCCCCAGGGCUCCCACGAGAAGGUCAGGGACCAGGGAGAGACGGAUCUGAGGCGGAGGCGGAGGGCACUGGGACCGAGAGAGGCUGGAGGCCCCCUGGAGGACAAGCGGGCGUCCAGGGGGGUUCCUGGGCUGGAGCCCCUGCUGGAGCUGGGGGGCUCAGACCUGCACGCCGCCCUGGAGCAGCAGCUCCUGGCCGGGGCAAUGGUGCACUCAAGGCAGAUUAAACAAGCGUCAGAGGACGAUGGAGCCAAAUAAUACACACACACACACAUAUUAUUUAACGGUUGGACGACACACUCUGUACACCUGCAGAACCUUCUAAUACUGUGGACCACGAUGCUGUUGCCUUACAUUCUCUCUUGCCUUCAAAAAUGUUAUGGAUGGGAACGUUUUGUCUUUCUUGAUGCUGUGUCCGCUGCCAGUAACCCAAAGUCUAUAUCAAAGAGCAAAAGUGUAUGUAAAUAUUAACUUAUUUUUGUCUUCAGAGGGGAGAAUUUCAAAGAGGUCAGUGUUGAAAUGUAUAUACAUCUAUGCAAAUACCGUUCUAUGGAGUGUUUGACAGGGCAAAUCUUUAAUGUCACUUUAAUCCCUUUUUUCAUUCACCAGCUUGAGUCUGCCUCUUUGUAGAAGCUGUUUGUUUUAUUGUCUCCUGUACUGAUUUUUUGUUGUUAAAAGUCCUCAGUGUGUGUCUGUUACAUUGACAUGUAAAUAUUGUAAAUGUGUUUAGCUGUGAUCCAUGGCUGGGGUUUCUUAGAACCUACGUUUACCACACAUUGAAUGUAACGUGGGUUCAGACCCAUCGAUAAGUGUUGUUUCAUUAUACUUUCAAUUGAAGGUAACUGAAUCCAGCUUGGAGCUGGAGCUACGAGGUAUAUAAAUGUAGCCUUACUGUGGACACCGAAGCAGCUCGAUCCAGACCAUCUGGAUCCACAACUCUAGUUAAUACUCAUUCCAUCUUCAGAAUCUCUUCCUUGUAGAUUUAUCAGUGCCUUCCAAUCUAUAUGCUGCAGUACUGCUGUUUUCAAACAAAAUGUGUGUAGUUUUUCCUCAAUUUGUGGUCUUUUCCCUCCACUAAACCUCUCUUACUGUAAACAGUACAGUAAUAAUGAUAAAAUAUGAUUGUGAUGAGGACGGUGGAGGGAAAUCUGGGCUGUGUUUGUAGUGUCUUCUAGGAAUGUGUCUUCUGAAAAUUCCUUCAUCGGUUAGCACUUCAACACUUAGGACCUUUGCUUUGUACAAGAGGCUAUUUUUCUGACUAUUUUUCUAUGUGCAUGGUAUUUCUGUACAUUUUGCUGAUAAGAAUAAAAUAAACAGAUCUAUACAACAACCA